AUGUCCGUUGAUCCCAUCACCUGCCACAUCCUAGAUACCUCCAGAGGCAAGCCUGCUUCUGGAGUCACCUGCCAGAUCUACCACAUCGCGCCAUUGAUUGACAACCCCGAGGACGAAUCGGCGUAUGAAAUUGGCCAAGGCAAGCCAUUUGCCAUGAACAGAACCGACCAGGAUGGCCGCAUCAAAAAGUGGGUACUUGAUCCCAACCUCUCUACCGAUGAUAAGAACUACUUAGGAGUUACUGGCUCGGGGAGUGAGGUCCAGUGGGCUGACUUGAAGCCAGGUAUCUACAAGGUGAAGUUUCUUACUGGUAAGUACUUCCACACUUUGGGUGCCAGCGAGCCAUUGGCACUUGCCUCCAGAACGUUCUUCCCGUUCGUCGACAUCAUCUUUCAAGUGAAGAAUCCUCCAGAUGCUCACUACCACAUUCCGUUGUUGUUGUCCAACCAUAGCUAUACCACCUACAGGGGAAGUUAG